AUGCAGGGCCAAGGGCAGAAGCUCUCAGAAGAUGGGAUGCACAGUGGGAAGCACAGCCCUGAGGCUCCUGCUAAACAUCUGAAGUUCAUUGCCAGGGCUGUGAUGGUUCAGGAGGGGAACAUGGAAGGUGAACAGAAUCCUCACCACCUUACUGCAGUCAUAAAGCCACGACAGUACUAUGAGAAGCCUUGUGACUGCCACCGGCAAAACAGCUAUGAAACGUGCUGGAGGAUCCACAACAUGGAAAUGGCUCGAAACAUUAACUUCUUGAUGCAAAAGAACCGUGCAGACCCACGGCUGGGCUGCUGA